CGAACCUCGCGGUCGCCACAACAAGGGUGUCGCUCGCUCUUCAAAAACGCGGGAGAACACGCGAAUCAAAAUGCCAUACAAUAAACAACAGUCGGCGAAAAUUAUCCAAGGAUGAACAUCACGAACGAGUCGCGAUAUUGCGAUCUUGACUCGUUCAAGGUCAGCUACGAGGAAAUUCACGGACUUUUGAGUUUCUUAGUGUGCGUUUUCGGAUCCAUCGCUAAUAUUUUGAACAUUUGUGUGCUAACCACCAAGGAAAUGCGAUGGCCUACGAAUUUGAUCCUGACAGGACUCGCUGUUGCUGAUUUGUUGGUUAUGCUGGAGUAUAUCCCGUUUUCCUUUCAUAGAUACAUGAAUUUGGACGAUAGGAAGUAUAUAAGCCAUUAUUCCUAUACUUGGGCUAUAUUUAUGAUGUUCCACGCAGUUUUCAGCCAAUUAUUCCACUUCAUAUCCUGUUGCUUGACAGUAAUCUUAGCUAUCUGGCGCUAUUUAGCUAUAACGAAUCCGUCGAACAGUCGCUUUUGGUGCGACACCAAAAAAACCUUCUACGUAAUUGUGUUAACCUAUCUAGCUUGCCCUUUAAUUUGCUUCCCCCUCUACCAAUCCCUCCAGAUCAUCCCCUACAAUCAAACUUGUGAUUCAAACAACAAAAUCGUCGACAACAAAACAGUGACUAAUAGGACAGAUAUUGUUUAUCAAAUUAUCUACGUGAUGACUUACGUGAAUCAAAAUUAUGCCCAAAUGAGUUUUUGGGUAUAUGCAGUCGUUAUAAAAUUCCUACCAUGUAUUCUAUUGACUUACCUAUCGCGUAAGCUUAUAUUAGUUCUUUGUGAAACGAAGAAGAGAAAAACCGUGCUGUUGAACUAUAAUGUACCCUUGAACAAUAUGAACGAUGUCAAGCCGAUAAUAAACUUGAGGAAGAAGCAUCGGCAAGCCGAUAGGACGUCAGGAAUGUUGAUAGCUGUAUUGUUGUUGUUUCUGAUAACGGAGUUUCCGCAAUCUAUUUUGGGAUUGCUAAGUGCUACGAAAGGAGCGACAUUUCAAACGCAGUGCUAUGAUCCUUUAGGUGACAUAAUGGACAUCCUCGCUUUGACGAAUUCAGGAAUAAACUUCAUCCUUUAUUGCACGAUGUCCAGGCAAUUCCGUACAACCUUCCAAGAGGUGUUUAGACUGAAAUAUUUUUUAAAGUUCAAUCCAAUGUCCCAGUACGCCCACACAAAUGGUAACGGAAACGAUAGGAACGGAGAAAAAACUCAAAUUUCUGCUGUCUAGUAUAGGAUGGAGUUCAGAAAGAAAAAUAAAUGUACUUAUAAACGAAUAGAGAUCAAUGUUGAGUAAAACUAAAAUGGAAAUAAAGAAAAGUGUCAAAUUCUUCUAAUAUUAAAAUGAUAAAACUCAAAAUUAGUCAAAUAUAAAGAAAUUUCAAAACAUAGGCGCAAUAGGUCAUGUUGCAAAAGUAAAUCUGUACGUUGAAAAAUCGGUUUUUAAACUGUGUCCAAUUUUCAAAAAUUCUGGUGUAUUUUUCUAUGAAUUUAACAUCGAAAAAUAAUUGACUAAUGACCCAUGUUUUGAGUUUUAUUUUCUUAAUAUUGAAUAAAACUCUUUUGACAUUUUAAAACUGGCUCAAUGAAAUAUUGAUAGGGUUUGUUGAACCUUAAGGACAACAUAGAAACUUACGUGAUUUUUUCUACGACGUGCAUAAAAUUUAAUAUCAAAAGCAAAUAUAACAAAAUUGGCUUGUAUCGGUUUUGUUUCAUUUUCGUGCAUUUAAUAAUGGAAUAUCGUAUACAAAGUCUGUUUAACUAGUAAAUAAAUGUGAGUUACAUAGAAUAUUUUUUCUACGACCAGUGUGACCAGUG